CUUUUGAGAAUGAAAUCGAUAAUUAGGAUAUUGCUUUGCUUCGUAUUUCACAAUGCUAGUACAUAGUCUAGACCACCCUUACUUCAGGAGACUUUCUUUAAUACAAGAGCUUCUAAUUAUACAUUAGUUUGUAUAACUACAAAUCAUGUUUUCACGGUUUCAACAUAAGGACAGAUAGGGCAGAUGAAUUUCCUAUGCAUAGUGCUGUCUUGUCUGGGAUGUCUUGCUAGCUGGACCUCCGCCGUGAGCAGAACAGAAGGCACAUUUUUCUUGAUCUCGGCGCCUUCCAUGCCGAAGUAUUACAGCGAGUAUGAUCCAGCAUUAGAGUUCAUUAGACUGGUUCUCAAGCUGCAGGCCAGGAUCCCAACCACGGUGGAAGUGACAUCAGAAGGCCGAAUGGAGUACUUCAACCCCAUGCAAGACGUAUGUUACGAGCUCCCCACCUUGAUAGCCACCAAUAUAACCAAAAAAUCUCUUUACUACACUCCGUCGGAAAGUUACGGAUACAGGUGGCUGUUCCGCUUGACAGCGGCCUUACCUUUUACUGUUAUGGUGGUCCUGCAGCGAGGACUAGGUGAGGCUGAGACAUUUACUGCAGUCCCAGUUCAAGGCUGGGGUCAACAUUAUGUCAUCUUCACUCUAGAAACCCACUUCGCAAUUAUACUUAUUAACAGCCAAAAGCCUCAAAUGAUCAUCCUGACAUUAAGCUCGCCCGACAAUGACUUAAAGUUUCAAGUCGGAGAACACGAGUACAAGAAAGGGGAGAGUAUGAUCUUCAACUUAGAAAGUUUCCAGGCAUUUGCCUUUAGCAGUUGUGGCCUAUCAGCUGUUCGCAAUGAUAUUACAGGCUCAAGCUUGAAGGCGGGGGCUCCGUUCGGAGUCGUGGUAGGAAACUGUAUUGGCGUAACAAAAGCUCGUGAGUGUGAGGAGGUGGACAAUUCAAAGCUAGCCAGUAGUGAAAGGGGCAGUACCGUUGCAGAAAUGCUGCUGCCAGCAGAGACUUUCGGCAGACAUUUUAUUUUGUUCAAAGCGGCCGGAAGAGACUCGAAAGGUUUCUACAUCAUUACGUCCAGCACAGGCGCCAUGACAACCAUUCAUGUCGGUAUAUCAGUUGACCAAACAGACUCGACCUAUCAAAAGUAUCAACUCGAAGGAUUGGGUUCGUCGAUUUCUUUUGACGCUGAGUUUCGAUGGUUGAUAGCGUCUCACCCUGUCCAAGUCGGCUAUGCUCAAAAUUCAAGCUGUAUCGGCGGCAAAGGCAAUGGCGGUCCCAGCUUGCUGAUGAUGGUACCGAUAGAGCUCUUCACUUAUAUGUAUGACUGUAUAGUGCCAGACGUAGAAAUGCACCAUUACCUCAUUUUGGUUGUGAAAACCAUUUACAGUUCCAGCAUCAAGGCAGUCUACACCAACCAAUCGGAGGCUAAUCCGAUUCUAGGAAAUGUUGAAGGUAUCAACCCAGAGAUACUUAUGUUCAGCGAUUUGGGGAGAUGGCAUGUCUUUGAAUACAAAGUAGACGCAACUUAUGGUUUCACUGUGUACUCGCUCAAAACAAAAUUCGGAUGUUACAUGCACGGAGUCAGUGUGGACGGCACAUACAUGCAUGCAGCUGGUUUCGUCUCUUCCAAUAUUAACAAGAUGUACUGCAACAAAACUGAGAACGUAAUGACCAAAGAUGAUUUACUAGACAACGACUGUGAUGGGUGGUUCGACGAGGAGUAUCAGAAUGAUUUGAAUGAUGACGGAAGCUUGGUUAAAGAUGACACUGCAGUUGACGAAGAUUUAGGGACUUUCUUUUGGGCUGAAUAUAAAACACUUGAAAAUAGAUUUCAGGGCUUUGAACACUUGAUCAAAUAUGACUUCCAUCUGCUGCCAGCAGAAUAUACAACGAAAGAUAGAGUUGAGGAUCGAACCUGGACGACUCCUUCUGAGCUGUCCACAUCUAAGAUCCCUAGAGGUGACUACGAGUAUAUGGAGUGGUCCGAGUGGCAUUGUGUGUAUAACUGCUCGCUCCGUGAUCUCUACAGAAAUAGGACCUGUUUGCGAAUAACAAAUGCCCGUAAUUGCGAAGGGCCGUCCUAUGAAGUGAAAAACGGUACUUGCUACACCAAGUAUUGUUCCAUGGAUUGUCCACUCAAGACUUUUGGUGACCAUUGCCAGCACAUGUGUUCCAAAUGCAAAGAUAGAGACUGCGACAAAUUUUCAGGAGCGUGCCGGGAGUGCGUCAUGGGAUACGAUCACCCAGAAUCAGGCUGCAUUCUGGAUCGCAGGAUGUAUCUUGAUUGGACACCAUGGCACUGUACCAGUGAUUGCGCUGUCCCUUACUUUACUAGAGAGAGGUAUUGUAAUCCUGACGAGUCAAGCUGUACGGAGACUAUCGUAGAAAAGAAACCUGGGGACUGCUACGUCUUUAAGAAAUGUGCUUCCGAAUGCCAAGACUUCGAAUACGGCGAGGGCUGUGAAAAGAGAUGUGACAACUGCCAGGAUUCCUGUGACAAGUUUACAGGGGCGUGUAAUUUAUGCGUCCCGGGUUUCAUGAACCCAAAAGGAGGAUGUCUGGAGCCUUGUGGACCCUACAAGUACGGGGCUAUGUGUCAGGGGGACUGCACUCUGAAGUGCCCUGGUGAGGACUGCGUUGACAGAGUAGAAGGAACCUGUUCCAAGUGUAAGAACUACACCUACGGUAAAGAGUGUGAGUUCACCUGUGACAACUGCUUAGAACCUUGCAACAAAAUAACGGGGGUGUGUGACAGCUGCAAGGAAGGAUUCAAGUUCCCCAAUGUCACGUGCAAAGAACCAUGCGGCAUGUUUGAGUACGGUCCUGAUUGCACCGGUGACUGUAUCAAAAAGUGCGGAGAGGAUUGUGGUGACAGAACAGACGGAGCCUGCUCAAAAUGUGAGGACUACAAAUGGGGUCCCGACUGCUCGAGCACUUGUGACAACUGUAAAGAUCCGUGCAGUAAAUUCAAUGGCGCCUGCCGAGGCUGCAAAAGCGGAUUCCGAGGAAAGAAUGUCGCGUGCACAAUACCUUGCGGACCUUUAGAGUUCGGCCCGGGUUGCUGGGGCAACUGUACAGAGAAGUGUGGCGGGGCGUGCGCUGAGAGCGUGAACGGCACGUGCCCAGUGCCAGAAGAACCGACCUCUCAGCUGCCGUAUAUGGUUAUAGUUCUCUGCUUGAUGGUCAUACCAAUCUUCAUUUGUCUGUUGUUCCUAGCUCGAAGAAACAAGCAACAAGAGCUUAUGGCCUCUAAGUCAGGGAUGUCUCUAAAGUCGGCCAAAUCAAGAUCCAGAACGGCACUGGCCUCCAAAUCAAAAACGUCGCAAUUGUCGUUAAGAUCCCCGAAGGAUGUGAAGACCAAGGGAUCAGGAACGUCAAUCAAGUCCAAACAGACUGCUAUCACCAAUCUUGAAGAGUCCGUCUCUGUCUAAAUCUCAGAGGAAAAAGCACCGCAGACGUUAGUAAUAUGCAAAUUUCAGCUCACCAGAAUUAGUUUUAUUGUAAGAACACGUUUAAGAAGCUAUUUAUGUUUAGCUUAAAAGGUCAUUUCAUCUCGAAUAAACAAACAAUACAUAUA